GGAGACGGUUAAACGUAGGUCGACAAAAGUGACAGAUUCCAAGGCGGAUUCAAGAAACAGAGGGGAAAGGCUGUUUUUGAGAAAUGGCAACGGCAUUUCAGCAUCUAUUGACAGCGGGGACUAAGAUCGUCGCUGUGGGCAGAAACUACGCCGCUCAUGCCAAAGAACUAGGCAACGCCGUCCCCAAGGAGCCGGUGUUGUUUCUGAAACCGACGUCGUCUUACUUGGAAAAUGGAGGCACGAUCAGAAUCCCACACCCGUUGGAGUCUCUGGACCAUGAGGUGGAGCUCGCGGUGGUGAUCGGAAAGAAAGCUCGCGAGGUUCCUGAGGCCACUGCCAUGGACUAUGUUGCGGGUUAUGCUCUGGGACUGGAUAUGACUGCCAGGGAAAUUCAAGCUUCUGCAAAAUCUGCAGGUCUUCCAUGGACGGUAGCUAAAGGGCAGGACACCUUCACACCAAUCAGUUCUGUUCUGCCCAAGGCAAUGGUGCCAGACCCUGACGACUUAGAACUGUGGUUGAAGGUUGAUGGUGAAAUACGACAGAAAGGCUCAACCAAGGAUAUGAUAUUUAAGAUCCCGUUUCUCAUUAGCCACAUAAGUUCUAUCAUGACACUUCUGGAAGGAGAUGUCAUACUGACAGGCACUCCACCAGGUGUCGGCCCUGUGAAAGCAGGUCAAAAGAUAACUGCUGGCAUUACCAACCUACAGGACGUCUACUUCAAUGUUGAAAAACGGCAAAAGCCGGGAAGUUCUUAACUACAUUCUUCGCUCUUUUUCUUUCCGAAGGUGUUCACGGGACGGGGCGUACCAUCUAAAACACCAUUCUAUUCCAGUUGUUUGAAGGAGAACCAUCUAGUAAAAAGGGAUUUAAAUAAAUAGCUCCGUUAUGGACAAUUGGACAUGAUUUUCAGAAAGCAGAAUAAUUACUAUUUGUCUCACUUUUACAGUUGA